AUGGACAACAACGGGUUUCCCCAGCGCCCGACGGCGCCCAGCGGUACCAACGCCCAAGGUGAUUUAGGCCAGCUGACCCUCCGCGACGUCCACUCCAGCGGCAUCUCGCUCGAGCAGCACCAGGCGAUCAUGGCUCAGCUGGCCGAGAUGCAGCGCAUAGCGGACAUGGGGCUGGAGACCAACAUUCGGAGGCAGCUCGAAGCCAGAGCAGAGGAGGGGCGGGUGGCAGAACAGCAGCUGCGGCAACUUGAACAGUGGUCCGUCGCGCGCAACCAUGUUCAACCGGCAGGAAUGGCAACUAUGGCCGCUCCUCCGAUUAUCAUGCCACCGCCAGUCUUCAACCCCAUACCUGUCUCUAGUGCAUUUUCGUAUUCAGGCUCGGGCACGAUCUCGGAUUUUCCAAAUCUCAUGCAGCAUCAUGCAUAUGCCGGCCAGCCUCCUGCCCCACAGUAUCAAAAUGGGGCCAGGUGGCAACAGACUCCGGAUCCACAGAAAUAUAUGAAUGCACAGCCUUCCACCACAAGAGUUCAGGCUCCAAGUUCACAGAAUUCCAAUUCUGGUCAAUCUGCGGUGAACAGCAGCUCAGCUGCAAAUUUGGCCUCACAACUUGUAAACUAUGCCCGAAAGGAGGGCUUAGACCCUGCUGGACAAGAGAGGUUCAAGACAAUGUUUGUCCAACAUGCCAAGCGAUUGGGAGUCAAUCAGACUCAUGAGCAGAUCUCAAACAUCAUUCAGGCUGCGAGGGCAGACGUUGCAGCAGGCUUUUCAUCCUCUCGGCCUAUGGCUCCUGCUGCCCAGAACACUCAGACUAGACAUGCCUCAGGGUCCGCCGGAUCAGCACGACACGGAAGCCAACCGCGACAGCCUCCUGCUAUGCCAUCUGCUCCCUACGUACCUUCGGCUUCAGCUGCUACCUCUUACGCUCCAAAUAUUCCUGCCACUCACCUCUCCACAUUCCCAGCUAGUGCUUCAACUUCUACACAAAAAGCGCCAAGACAGCGGAUGCCUGAGGUACGAGCGCCAUCUUGGACACCUCCGGCGCCGGCCGCGAAUUCGACACCUCCUGCUCCAUCUACAAGCACAGCGGCGACCAGCAAGCAGCCACCAGGCGCAACAUCGCAAGUCUCUACACAAUCGCUUAGUAAUGUUGUCGAGGCGGCACAAAAGCUCCAUCAGGCAGCAUCGUCUCAGGCAUACCAGCCUCAUUAUUCUCAAAGCAUGGCCCAGCUUUACAAUAACAGGGCCGCUCAAGUGCAACAACGAGCCUCCCGUCCGGCGGCGCAGACUGCUGCUCCAGUGCCCUCGCAGCCUACUCCGGCGCAACCCGCUCAGGCCAAAAGUGCCAUUCGCCCUCCUCCACCCUCCCAGCCUGCACCAGUGGUAACUCCACAACAUGGUCUCUCAGACUCGACUGUACCCGUUGCGAGAAUCACCCCUCAGCAGGCGCGCCGGUCGACCAUGGCCAAAGAUAUAUUGCUGUCCCUACGCCCUCAGGCGGCUGCUGCUCAGCCCUCCGCAGUUUCUGCAACCGAUUCGUCAAAUGCGCUAGCAGGAAAGAAGAGGCCUCGAUCGGAGUCGCAAUCUGAUGUCGACAAUGUUCAGGGAGCCAAAAAGCCUUUGUUAUCGACAGACUCACCCGAGCUCGUCAUCACUGAAGGCGCGGCAGCCAUCGCACGGGCCAUCAUGACCCCUUCGCAGACCUCUUUCCCUCAUAUCAACGCGGAAGUGCGUCAGUCCACCAUUGACCUAUCCGAUUCACCGGUCCCGUCGCUUCGCUUUCCGUCGGCUGGCUCUUCAACCGAGGAUAAGUCCAUCAUUGUGGACAAGUCUGAUGACGAACACUACGCUCAGGCAGCCUCACAGCUACAUCCGGCUCCCAUCGCCAGCGGCAGUGCGUCUUCUGCUCAGUCCAAUCCCGCUCUGGUCCCGGAAAUCUCCCCUUCUGAUGCCUCGACUAGCACCUUCAUGCAAUCCAUCCUUUUGAGCCCGGGCACGCCGGAGCGACCUGCUGCGUCCCGCGGGCCCAUCAUCACAUCGCCAGAGUCUCUCCCCGAGCUUCCACUUGCAUUCCCAGGCUCUGCUCUGCACGAUUUCCUUGCGGGCUUCGACGAUGGCACCGAUGUUGUAUCGCUCCCGCCGAGUUCACCAAUGGCGGAGGACACCGCGCCCGAACCUGAGGCCCCUGCCCCUGCCACCUCUGAUGUGGAAUCGAGCCCGCGGCAAGCCAAGACGCCGCUGUUCUUUCCCUCCCCGACCGGAUCGGCGAUGGCCAUCGACGAGCCGCCGCCGAGAAAGGAGGUUCCCUCUCGUGAUACGUUCGUCCUCAAGCCAGGGAUGCUCAGCUCAAAGACUUCGGCCGCUUUGGACCACGCCUCGUUCGCCCGAGCGUUGGCCGCGUCGCGGGCGAAUGCAGCAGCUUCUUCAUCUCGCGUGCGUUCGGUGAAAGGUGCUGUGUACGUUCUUGUGCCCUCCCCGCCGGCGUACGUGAAGCGGUGGAAGGCGAGGCAGGCAGGCCUCAAGCAGUCGACCGGUCGAGUGCUUGCUCCGGGUACGUCCACUUUUUCGACAGUACGCGACGCUAUACAAAAGUCUUCCACGCGACUCCAUCCUUCGCGCUGUCAAUGGUCAGGUUGUACCGCUCUGAUGAACUCCGAAGAGGCUCUCAAGACGCAUCUGAAAGUGCACAAAGCCGAAGAGCAGGCGCUUCGACGGCCGACAGGGUCUGUGUGCCACUGGAGGAGAUGCGGUGCUGUAGUCAAGUCUAAAUCCUUCGACGAACACGUAGACCGGCAUGCAAGUCGUCAUAGGUGUGCGUUUGAAGGGUGUGCUGAUUCCUUUUCCAACGCAGAAGAUCUCGCCAGGCAUCAUCGACACCACGGCAACGACCCCCUCUUACCCUCCACAAAGCCCACAAAGCCCGAUGUAUCCCAAACGCCACCUGCCUUGCCUGACACACUGCCCUCGUACAUGUCCGUCACGGUCCGCAUCGCCACAGAGCCGAUCUCCCAGGAACGGCACGCGAAACUUGGGCCAUGGGUUUUCCGGCAUAUCUUUGGAGACGUGGACCAGUCUGCUCUGCUGUCACGGGACCCCAGUGCCGUGAGAUCCUCUCGUCGCUUGGCGGUCAGCCGACCGGCGCAAGACACCGUGUCGGACAUGGACGAGGAAGAGGCGGCUGAGUACAUGGCGCGCGUCGACAGCGCGCCAUUGGACGAGUAUGGGUUCCUAGCGUCCAUUUCGAAAGUGUGUCGCACGCCGUGCGCCGACCUGGACUCGCAGGGCAUCUCCCACAGGCUAUAUCAAGGGAUGGAACUGUUUGGGACGGAAGCAGACUGGGACGAUGCCGUCGAAAGUGCGCCCGGUCCCUCGAUCCCGAACUCACAAGCUGUUGGAGAGCCCGGUGCGGUUGAAGUGGAGGCGAUGCCUCAAUCGUUGGACGAGGGGGGCUCGGGGAGCGCAGAUGCACAGGCUGACAUUGCCAUGGCGGCGGAUGCUGGGAGUAAGCCUUUACUAGGAAACAUGGAUCAGGAGACCAGUAGAGACUCGACGAUGGACGUCGAGAUGGACGUGGUCGUAGUGGAAGAGCUGCUAUAG